AAUUCUGAGAAAUAUUAUAUUGAAAAUUCUUUUCAUCUUUUCAGUGUCAACAAAAUCAGAAGCUUAUCAGACUUUGAAGAUUGUCCAAACUUGCAAGAACUUUACCUCAGGAAAAACAAUAUUCAGGAUAUCAAUGAUUUGGUGUACUUACAGAAUUUGCCAAAACUCAAAUACCUUUGGUUGGAAGAAAAUCCUUGUGUGGAUUCAGCCGGUCCAAAUUAUCGAAAAGUUGUUCUUCGAGCUUUACCAAAGCUUUUGAAAUUGGAUAAUGUUGAACAACCAAUGCAACAAAGUCCGGAAGGGACUGAUCCUGAAUGUGUAAGUGAUCCAAUUGAACGACCAUCAAGUGUUCCAUCAUCGCCAUUACAGCGCUCACCGGCACAAGCAAAUCAACAACACACUGACAAUUUCUCACCAUCAGACUCACAAUCGUCAAGAUAUCAAAAUCAACGAAGUAUUCAGCAAUCUUAUGAGAGAUCACCUGAAGAUAGUCCACAAAUCAGCGGAAAUUAUCGUGAUCAACGAUCUAAUCUGCCAUCGAGUAUGUCGACACAAUCAAUGAAGGAUUAUUAUCAAGGCGAUGGAUAUCAACGUGGCGCACCUCCACCAUCAACACAUUACAGACAUAGUCAAACAGACCUCACUGAAUGGGAUGAGAAUUCACAACACAAUGGCAAUAACCAGCAAAAUGGGCAUCAACAACAAGCAAUGCGUCGUAGUAUGAUUGGAAAUGGUGGGAGUCAAGAUCGAAGCUAUGUUGAUGAACGUCGAGAUAUUUAUCAGUAUCGAAAUGGAAAUGUUUCACGAGAAGACUUCGGUGAAGAAAUGUCAGAUCGCAGACGAGAUGGAAGACGAAAUGAUAAUGUUAUUUCAAAUGCUGUUUUAAGUCAUCUUGCUGGGCUUCAUCGACGACCUGUCAACCGAAGUUCGAAUUUAUUAUCUGCAACAUUAUGCUUGGUGAAAGAACUCGACUAUGCUUCUUUGGAAGUUGUGGAACAUGCUGUCAGAUGUAGAAUUGACGAGUUGGCAGAAUCUAUUUAAAAGCAACAUGAAAACUUUUCUAACUUCAGUGAAAAUCGUUUGGUUUUUUUCUUGGUGAUUUUGACUGCUUAAUAAUUUAAAAAAAAAAUUCAUUUGAUACAACGACAUUUUGAUUUCAUCGUUUUUAUUCUAAGUAAGUGAUAAAUGGAAGUUGUAACGCUUGCCAACAUUUAACACGAUUUUGAUAUAAAUAUGUUGAAUAACUGAUGCAUUAUGGUAUCUUUCUAACUCAAAUUUCUAACAAGUAUCUAACUCAUGAAAAGUUUUAAGCGGAAAGUUAAUUAAAAGUUUGCCUAGAAGUGUCUUCUUUUGAAUUGUUGAAUGAUGCAAAUUGAUUUCAACAACACGUGAUGAUGAUUGACAAUUUAUCUAACACAAAGUGUUUUGCUUGCGUAAAUGUUUAGAGUGAAAGCUUCGAGAAAAGCUCAAAGCUAGAAAGUUUUCAUUUUCAAGAAAUUUUCUAUUAAGUUUUUAUGUUGACUUCAAUUUAAUUCAUAGAAUAAAGUUAAUUUAACAAAUUACAUGCAAUAACUAGAAAUUGGAUUUAAUUCCAGUGUUGCUAAUAACGAAUCAAUGAAAACGUGCUUUUUAAAUUUUAUUUCUUUCUACUCAUGUUUAGUUUAUAAAAAAGAACUUGGAAAAAAAUAAAAUUACAAUAAAUUACAAUUGAUUUUUUAAUUUUGUGUGUUGUCGCUUUUUAUGAUAUUUUCGAUUCUUGCAAUGAUUUCGAGUAGCGAUUUCUUCUCAAGAACUCUAUAUUGAACGAGCAUUGUUUUAGUUCUUUGGAGUUGUGUAGCUAGUAACGAUUCAUCAUCGUCGAGAGUAGUUGGAAAAGCUCUUAAAAGAAUCUUUGCACGCAUCAAUAAAAACAUGCGAACUUUUCCUUCUAACUCUUCAUCCAACUUGAUGUCAGAAUUAAGCAAAUCUUUGGCGUUGUCAGCAAUGUUCCAGUAUAUCAAUUGAUCUUUAGUCAUGUUGAAAAUCCUCACAAAAGCAAUUAAAUCAUUUGAGAACUCAGGAGAGACUUGAAAGUUUCCUGAUGUUUUCACUUCAAUCUUUGUGAACAAUUUUGUGCGCUCAUCUAAGAGUUGAUCAGAUUUACUUAAACUCAAUUUGAUGUUGUAACUUUUAUUUGUAUUUUCAGGAAAAACAAACCCAUUGUGAAUGAAAAAGUCUUCAUUGGAUCGGUCACCGUAAGCCAUUGUCACUUGGUCACCGCUUUCAAAAUUUUUAAGACAGAAACUUUCAAUAUUGUUCGUCACUUCAUUGUAACAAGUGUUGAUUGUUCCGUUGCUAUGAUUUGCCAUGUCCCACAAUCCAAUAAGAACUGCUUCAAGUUCUUUACUUUCUCCUUGUGGAACUAAAUUUUGCCUCGUCAUUACACAACUCACUGCCCAGCAGUAAAAAUCAUACGUGAAGCUUAUUAAAAGUUCAUCAACCAUCGGGCAAUCUGCUGAUGAUUGUGUCGUGAGCAAAAAUUUAUAGAGAAAUGCAUAUUGACUAGCGAUGAAUUUCACUUGUUUUAGGGCUGAUGAUAAGGCGACUGUUCCUUGCAAUUCUCUCAUGUCAGUUGGCGUAAAAUAAAGAACUGUGCGGAACUUGUCUGGCAGAACAUCAAGAUAGGGUUUCCAAUUACUGUUUGGCUUCAACUUCUCAAUCAUCAAAGCAAAUGCUAAACGAACAUUACUCAUUCCAUCAAACAAAGGACAUUGUUUAAGUGGAGUUGGAAGAUCUUCUUGAAUUUUUGAGAAUGAAAAAAUCAUUGAGUCAGGAAUUUCAAUAAAAUUUUCAUCUUUCUUUAAAGUAACUUUAGCUACGAGGCCCAAAUCCGAACCAGUGCCGAUUUUCUUAAGUUGAAUCUUUGAAAAUUUUGCUCCUUGCUUUUGACACCAGCUGACAAAGUCAUCAAUAGUUUCAUUGUCACGAUUCGAUUUUAUUGGCGAUUUAAUUCCACUUUCAAUCUUUCGAAUUCGCUGGAUUAAACCAUCGAGCUCAAUGAAAUGUUGGAACUCAUCAGAAGGCUGCUCAAGAGUUUUCACUAAGAUUGCAUCUGAUAGAACCUUGAGUUCGUUUCUUUCUUUGCUUGAUAGCGUAUCUUUAAGCUUUAUUUGGCUCUGUGAGGACUUUGAUGUCUGCUUUUUACCCAUUUUUUCAUGAAUUUCUUCUAAAAAAGCUAUCUACAUGACAAUUCAAACAAGAUAAAAAUUUGAAUUUUUAUUCAAUUUCACGUUUCUCAAAAUAUUUUAAUCUAGUACUA